AACAUAUAUUAUACAUGCUCUUUAUCCUUCCUUCAGUCAUUUCUCUUUGCCUCUUUUUCUUCAGACUCAAACUGCAAAGCAAAAGCACUUAUUGCAAAGGAAAAGCACUUCUCCUCUUUUUCUUGUCGAUUCUCAUCCCAUAGCCAUGUCUACUGAGACUGGUGUUGUACCUGUGGCCGCUGAUGAUCAGCCAAUUGUGGAAAAAGUUCAUGAAGAAACAGAUGCAGUUAAUGGGAGUGAUAGUCCUCCUCCACCCAAACCUGAUGAGAAGAAGGAUGAAAAGGAAGAUCUUGUAGCAGGGAGCUCUGUUCGUUCAGAGGUUUCUGCAACCAAGGUUGAAGAAACACCAGUGGAUAACGAUAACCAGACAGAGACUCUUGUCGUUGUUGAGGCUGAGAAGAUUGAUGAUGAUGUUCCGGUCGAAGCUGCCUCGAAAGAGAUUGAAAGGUCUGAUAAGGAGCCAGAGCAAUCAUCCACAAAAGACUCAGCCAGUGAAGCUGUUGAAGUAGUUGACAGUGUACCAGUGAAGAAACCGGCAGUUGAGUCAGUUGAAGAUAAACCAGUGGAGAAAAAAGAAGAGAAGGCAGAAGCUAUUGAAGCCGAUGAGAAGCCAGCUAGUGAAACAGCUGAAGCAGUUGAGAAAGAAGCCGAUGAGAAGCCAUCUAGCGAAAAAACUGAAGAAGUUGAGAAAGAGUUAGAUGAGAAAAAGGCAAUGGAGAAUGUAGCAAUUGAAGAAGUUGAGAAAGAAGCAGAGAAGGAUCAAGCUAUUGAAGCAGUUGAGAAAGAAGCCGAAAAGACGGAAGUAAUUGAAAAAGCAGAUGAGAAAAAAUCAGUGGAGAAUGUAGCAGCAACUGAAGAAGUUGAGAAAGAAGCAGAUGAGAAAAAACCGGUGGAGAUUGUAGCAACUAAAGAAGUUGAGAAAGAAGCAGAGAAGAAUCAAACUAUUGAAACAGUUGAGAAAGAACCCGAAAAGAUGGAAACAAUCAAAGUAGAUGAUGAGAAGAAACCAGAUAUUGAAGUAGUUGAGAAACAGAUAGAUGAUGGGAAGCCAAAUGUUGAAGCUUUCGAGGCUAACGCAUCAACUGAAGAAGCAGCUGAUCAGCCAGCGGAGGAGCCUGUCAAAACUUCUCUUGUCAAAGAUUCAGAAACUGUAAAUGAAGUAGUGGAGGGCAAGCAACAUGAACAGUUGAAAGAUUUAUUAGAGAUGGAAAGAAAUGUUGAGAAGGAACUCAAGCCUGAAGAAAAUGCUGCCACUGAUAGCUCUGUGCCAACCGUUGAGGAAGCACAGACAAUUGAGAAAGAAGCUGAGAAAGACGCUGAGAAAGACGCUGCAGUUACUAAUGUAGAAAAGCCAGUUGCUGAGAAGACCGAAAAAGAAGCAGGAAAAAAUGCUGCAGACAAGGAUGAGGAGAAGAAGAUUGCAAAAACAGAACAAGAAACUGAAAGGAAUGUUGAGAAGACUGGUGAAAAUGUUGCACAAGUUGCUGAUAGAGAUUUAGUCGCGGCAAAAGAGGUAGUAUUGGAGAAAGAAGAGUACAAGGACAUUAAAGAGAAUGAAGUUGUAGUUGAGCCUUCUGCUGCCAUUGUUGAACCGGAAAGCAAGUUGGAGAAAACAGAAGAAGCAAAAAAUGAGCCCGCUGCCGAGAGUCUUGAGGCCUCCAAAGAGGAGGCCAAGCAAGAGGUUGCAGUAAAAGCACAAAGCAGUCAGGUGGAAUCAUUUCAAAGGUGAAGCAGUCCAUUGUGAAGGUGAAAAAAGCGAUUAUUGGGAAAUCUCCAAGCUCAAAAGUGCUUUCACCAGCACCAGAAGCCAAAGCAGAUGAACAAGUCAGUGUCAAGUAGUUCUUUUGGUCAGGUGAAAGAUAGUUUUUAUGGAUUUUAUUCACCGUGUAGCUGAUUGUUUUGGUGUUUCCUCAUGAGGGCAGAGACCAUGCGUUUUGUUUUGUGUGGGAUUUGCAAAGAUUUUUUUUUUAUUUUUUCUCAGUUCUUCUGAUUGUAGGCACAAUUGCUAUUAGUUGUGUUUGUUAUGGUGAGUCUUUUGUGUGAAAUGUAAUUGAACAUUAUAUUGAUUUGUUUAUUAAAUUUCUUAA